GUUGCGGCUUGUGAAAAGUCGCCCACACGGUGUCCACAGCGAUGAUGACCCUUUGCGAGAACAAUGGCUCUUUAUUCCCCAGAUCAGAUGAUUCCCUGGACUCAGAUUUUAUGAAAAGCAGACCGGUGGCCAGUGGAAGACUAUCAAUUCAGAAAUUCCCUGUCCUUCUGUCUACUUCAGCUGUCAUCCGACAGUGGAGGCAUUGUCGUUCCCUUUCUUUUACUUUCUCUGUUGCUGGUCAUCUCUUACUUUUGUAGCAUUUAACUCUCCUUCCUGGCAUAGUGUCAUUUUGAUCGUCUGUUGCAUUUACAUUGCCCGUGAUGCUACCACCCAAAGCUUAUAUCUUCAUCAGUCUCAAUACUGUCCGCGUUCUUAGCAUCAUCGCUCUUCUUUUGGUUUUCUCUAGCAGCAUCAUGGUGAUGGUUGAUGACAUCGAGGCAGUCAAUGUAUUUGUCGAUGGCGGGAGCAACUCAAACUCCACGAUCAACUAUGCCUACAUACAAAACAGUACAGUUCCUAAUCAGCCAGCUGGCGUGUUUUGGGCAGUAUUGAAUCGGUUGUUGAUCAUUGCACAAACCGUCGUUUUGAUUCUUUCAGAACUAGGCUGGCCCGCGGCGUUCUUUGAUCAUUACUUCCCCGUUCUCGGGAGUGACUUUGGGCUAGGUGCUUUGGGAGUGAUGCAAUGUCUGAUAGGAGCUUCUGUUCUUUCUCACUUCGUCAAAGUCUUCCCCCUCGUCUCUGGUUUCUUCCUCUUUUCCAUUGGCUGUCUCAACAUUCUAAUCGGCCUUAUCUUCCGAGAACGCGUCAAGUCUACGCGUUCCAUAUUGUCAUUCCGGGACAGAGCAGAGGACAUGUUGUCAUCGCUGGAUAAUACUAAAGAUAGACCGUUCAGCAAAUAUAGGAUGGAUCGAGACGCAGAAAUGGGCAUCAGUGUUAAAGAACCGGAUGCUGCGCACACUCUCACUUAGCUGUAUGAUCGAUGCCGUUGUUCCCCAAUUCUCGCCAGUAUUUACCAUGUCCGAUGUGCUCUUGAGACCAGAAAUGUAUUUUCUUUUUCUAUCCCUUCA